AUGUCGAUGUCUGAAGACGAGUCGAUGUCUGAAGACGAAGACAUGUCAGCUUCAGAAGAUGAACUUACAUUGAGGUCCAGCGCCGGAUCCAGAAUCCCCUGCGAUUCCAACUCUUUGGAAGGAGAUAAGCCUCGAUCUGCCCACCAGGUCCAUCCGGUGCUCGACGCGCGCCACCUGGUGGGCUACGAGAAAACUGAGCGCGCAGAUACUCCACCCCCGCCGCCGCCGCAAAGGUGUCUCCCUCUGGCGCCGAACAUUUGCGUCGAGGCCGGUCGAAUCCAGUUCGUAAAACACGAAGACGAAUCCACAGCGCCCCCUGCGAACGGCACGGUAAACACGGGAAGGGUGACUGUAACGAGAGGGUUGCAAACCGAAGGAGAUGAAUUCUUGCACGUUCAGAAUUAUCUUGAAAACCGUAUUGUCGAACUGGAGAUUGCCCUAGAAAACGUCCAGAAAAACGAACUACGAGAUAAGCAAACCAUAACCAAGCUCACGAAGCAGUUAAAUAGGUUGCCCUCUGCGAGCUAA